AUGGAUAUCAUACAGCCUUCCGAAUAUUACGACGAAGCAAGUGGCGGUCAAAUUCCAGUUUUUCGACCGUCCAUGGAACAAUUCAAAGACUUCAAGACGUUUAUGGAAGCGAUCGAUCCUUACGGACGACAUUCUGGUAUUGUCAAGGUGGUCCCUCCCAAAGAAUGGAAGGACAAGCUGCCCGACAUCAAGCGCCACUUGGAACGACUACGGGUGCGCAACCCAAUCAUUCAACAUAUAAUGGGCAGCCGUGGCAUGUACACGCAAACCAAUGUCGAGAAGCGACGGCCGUAUACGCUGGCUCAAUGGCUUGCAUUGUGCGAACAAUCAGAGCACCGACCACCUGAAGUAGGAUGCGAUCGGACAGCCCGACAACCUGUGACACCGUUAAGCCGAAAGCGGGAUAAAGUCUGUAGCAACAGUAACAAUCGAGAAGUACAACAACAAAAGCAACAGCAGCCACCUUCUGCCAAUACGAGAUCAAAGUCCUUAGCUGCUGCGCAUGAAUCUUCCUCUCCACUGAAAAAUAAACGCCAGAUUCUAUCCGAUGAGAUUGCAUUGGCACAGUCUGAUACGUCAGUACCACUCCCACGCGAUCUGCAUUGCCCUGAUCCUGAUAAAUACAGCGUGGAAUACUGCAAGGAGCUUGAACGAAACUACUGGCGAAAUUUAACAUUCACUCAACCAAUGUACGGUGCAGACAUGGCUGGAACCUUGUUUGAUAAAUCUGUCCGUGCAUGGAAUGUCAAUAGCUUGGACAAUAUGUUGAAUCGGUUAGGGGUUUCUGUCCCCGGCGUAAACGAGCCUUACUUGUACUUUGGCAUGUGGAAAGCGACUUUUGCAUGGCACGUUGAGGACAUGGAUCUGUACUCCAUCAACUAUUUACACUUUGGCGCACCCAAGCAAUGGUAUGCUAUACCAACAACACAUACGAAAAAGUUCGAAAAUGUCAUGCAAAACCUAUUCCCACAAGAACACAAAGAAUGCCCCGAAUUCCUACGCCACAAAACGUUCAUCAUAUCGCCGAAAUUACUGCACAACCAUUCGAUCCCUGUCCAUCGCUGUGUCCAGCAUGAAGGCGAGUUCAUGAUCACGUUCCCCUUUGGCUACCAUGCUGGUUACAACCUUGGGCUGAAUUGCGCAGAAAGCGUCAACUUUGCGUUGGAUUCAUGGAUUGAAAUUGGAAAGCGGGCGAAAGCGUGCAGCUGCAUAUCGGACAGUGUCAUGAUCGACGUAUCUAUAUUCGAUCAGCAAAACGACGACGCCAACGACGCUGACGACAACGGCAGUUUGCUAAACGAACAAGUGCGAGGCGUAAAGGAGAGCAGUGGUAAAAAUCAAACGCCUGCAAAGAAAAAGCGGUCUUCUGGUAAAAAAUCUACUGGUAACGACGUCGAGCAAGCAAACCGAAAAAGCGGAGGACGACGUGCAACAAAACGAUCUCUCCCUGAUAGCACCAAUGAAAACAGUGGCCAUAGCGACAUGGCGAGUCGAAAAACACAUGACCAGCAACACGCUCGUAAAAGGUCCAAAGCAUCGCCAUCUUCAUAA